AAUAUUUUGCAUUAUAAACUGAUUGUUCAGAUUUUCUAUUCGCUCAAUAAAAUGAUAUUGCGCACAAAUAACUAUAAUAAAAAACAGAACGAAAUAACCCUUGAAUAUAUAAUCCAGUAAACAAUCAUUUAUUUACUUUUUGUGCUAAGUUUAAAUUCUUACUAGUGAAACUUAGGCAUUGCCUGCUACACAUGUUAUAAAUCACAGCAAGUGAUAACAAUGAAUCUCAUUUUUGCUUAUUUGUCCUUCUGAUCAUUUUAAAUAAUCAACUGUGAUCAAUGAAUGCAAAACGUGCAGGGCUUUUUACAGAUGGAAGUAUAAAUAAGAUGAGGAGUGAAGUGACCUUAUUGCUGAGCAGAAUCCAGCUGCCUCUCGGGUACAGAAAGGGGAUGUUACCACGGAGCUGUGAUGUAAAAGGAGGGGCUGUUUCCUCGCAGAUCCCAGCUCAGUCCGUCCGGAGCAACCGCCGGGAUGAGCGCUGGGGACCAGGCUGCAACGCAACCUCUCGUUUCACAGUGAUGGCCUUGGCUAUGCAGCUGUGCCAGUGAUCUUGCUGCUGCACAUCGGGAAGAAGCAGAGACACCUCGACAAUCCAUCUACCUUCCUCUCUCUCUCAACAAAGAAAACAAAAAAGACAGAGAGAGGAACGAAAACCCAUAUCAGUAUAAACAAAUGCCACCAUGUACAGUGUGGAGGACCUCCUCAUCUCUCAUGGAUACAAGCUGCCCAAGCACACCAUCUCCUCCACCCCUACCCCAGAUCUUGCAUCCUCAGCCCGCCAGCCUCCCUCAUCCUCACCACCGCCCUACAACAAACACCAUGAACUUCAGGAGAACAGGCCUGGCCCGAGGACAGUAAAUGGCUACGAAAGAAGAUCCGUGGUCCCCUUUGGGAAUAGCUGCAGAACAAGGGAGCCACAUGAGUACAGUAGCAGCUGUCCUAACAACAACGAAUCCAGACACAGAAGCCAGCCAAACCGGGAGGGCGAGAACCAAGGCCUAGCCGACACCCACUUCAUAGGACAGUCCCUGACAUCAGACAGUGGGUUUUGUGAUGGUGCCAGAGGUCCUGUGUCACAGUCCAAGGAUGUGUCCUACUGGAGGAGGAGAGGACAAGACUUCAGUGUGCUGUUGGACUAUGCUGACUUUAGAGAACCUUAUGGAGGAGGACAAGCUUGCUUGUCACCUACUUUGAGGCAAGAAGGGCCUCAGCAAGCAAGAAGCCAAGAGCUCCUUUUAGAAGACCCUCAGAUGGCAGCUCAGGAGAAGCUGCGCUGGGCAGCCCAGGCUCAGGCUCAGGCUCAGGCUCAGGCUCAGGCUCAGGCUCAGGCUCAAGCCCAGGCUCAGGCUCAGGCUCAGGCUCAGGCUCAGGCUCAGGCCCAGGCCCAGGUCCAGGCUCAGGCCCAGGCCCAAGCUCAGGCUCAGGCUCAGGCUCAGGCCCAGGCUCAGGCCCAGGCUCAGGCUCAGGCUCAGGCCCAGGCUCAGGCCCAGGCUCAGGCUCAGGCUCAGGCUCAGGCUCAGGUUCAGGUCCAAGCUCAGGCUCAGGCUCAGGCUCAGGCCCAGGUUCAGGCCCGCUGUAGAGAAAGGGAGGCGGCUCUCCAUCAGUGGAGAAUGGUGAAUGAGAGAAAAUGUCAGAGCCUGGGGACAGAUGAGUGGCACCCAGCUGUAAACUUUGGCCCCCAGCCGUCUCAGAGGGACGUUGAGCAUUGGACUCAAGAGCAGCAACGGCUUCAUGCCAGAACACCAGAGGGCAUGGUUGUCCACCCCAGGACUAAAAUCAAAUCCCAGUCCCUGCCCAGGAUGCUACAACCUGAGAGCCUGCAAUAUGUGAACAUUGCGUUGUCCAACCAGGAACUGCACAGGCGAAUGAAUGGCCACCCACUGUCACACCACCGCUUUUACAGGGCACCCCGCUGGCCAGAGAACGGGAGACCGGCUAGUGCCAACCAGCUCUCUAUGACACCAAAGCCCCGCUUCACCCGACCUCCCAGACCUCCGUCUUAUGAGAUGCACCAGCAGAUCAGGGGAAGCUGUGAGGUGUUGUCUGGCAGAGAAUCAGUCAUUCCCCAGAACAGGGACAGAACGCCCCGACCCAUAUCAAGAGGAACUGACCCUCCGUUGGACUGCUUUGCACAGGACUCUGGACCCCCAGUAUACAUCCCUCCUCCAUCAUAUAAAAGAGCUCCUAUAAUAGCAGGGGGGCAUCGGGGUUAUGGACAAAUUGCAGUUGACUACAGGUACAGAGGGGACUUAUAUCAGCAGAUGCAAGUGACUCCAGAUGGAGCUCACUGGUUCAUCAGAUAUCCAACUGGUUCCUGGCCUGAUCCCCAUAGAAAGAGAGGUGUGUCCAGCCAAAAGCAGCUUUACCCUGUGUAUUCUACCCAAGUGCUCCCAGGAGGGGGAGGAGUACAAUGCAUCCCCUUUGAUGAUCCCCGUAUCCGUCAUAUUUCCUCAGCCCUGGGUGGCAACUCCCUGACAGACUCUGACAAGAUUCGCCACAUUCGUAAUGAGCUUCCCAGUGUCACCAUGUCGGAGCCUGCGCCCGACAACAGUGCCUUUUUGCCCCCGCCACUGGGGCCUUUCAUCACUGCCAAACUGGCAGAUGAAGCUAACCAGAUAUCUUCUGACUAUGACAAUGACAUUAAGAGGUGGCAAAACAAUUUGCACAAAGAGACUGUCGAUAACUUGCCAUCAGCUGACCAAAACUGUAAUAACAGACAUCCCAAAAUCCAACUUCCUCUUCUCUCGACCUCUUCAGCUUUUCAGGCCCCGUUGACAAGAUCCUCUUCUCAUCAGGGCUCCAGCUCAGGCCAGGUCUUUGCCGAAACCAUCACCCAAGUAAAGAAAAUUGCGCCGGAUUCAAGACCCGAGAACAUUAGGAACACCAAGAGAAGAGUUAGUGAGACCAUCUUCUGCCUCGUGUCUGUUCCUGUUCGCACACCAACCAACUUUAGUAAAACCUUAUCAGCAGAUCCAAACAAUAACGAGGCAAUAACAAACCUGAGUGUUACCAACACUUUUGCUGUAGGCCUCAGAGAGAGCCCAAACAUUCGUAGCAAGUCUGUGAACGAGAUGCCUAUCAAAUCCUGCUAUUCUCACUUUCACAACAGCAGUACAUCUUCAAUGAGCAAUUACAAAAGAGCUCCUUUAAGGAAGGAGAUCAUAGAUGCCUGGGCACUCCAAGCAAAGGAAGACAAAGAGUUAUGCUACGCCGGGUCCUGGCCUGGAAACCAGUACCGUAAUCAAGAAACCCAGACUGGCUCACCUCUGACAGUGGUAAAAAGUCCAGAACACCAUCACCCUAAUUCAAUGCAAGAGCCUGCUCAGUCUGCCUCAAAUACAACCACUGAUAGUGUUGUUGGGACUGACAGUAGCCCCCCAUAUGGCUACCCUAUGGCAGGCCAGAAAAACCUUCAUCCUUCCAGCAACAGUGCUUUCUCCCGUCUCAGCCUUAGCCCAACACAAACACCGUUACUUCAGGACCUACAACAGAACCCUUCCUCUCCUUCCAAGGUGCAGAAUCAGGGAGAACAGCAGCCAUCCUCUCCUAAGAAGAAGAUUCCCCCUGAGAGUCCCGAACAAGUGGCUUUUGGUCAGUUUCUCUUGAAGCCAGUGAACCGACGACCCUGUGAUGCCAUUGGUGAAUUGGAGACUAUCAAUAAAGAGAUGGAAGACACAAUCAGCAAGAGACCCAAUGUGGGUCGGUGUGUUGAUGAUCUUGAUGGGCUAAAUAAAAGACUAACUUGGUUUAAAUCAGGAGCACACUUGACUGGUCCAGAACCAGGCCGGGAGGCAAUAAGUCUUCCUCCAAUGCACAUGGAAAAGGCCAGCAAUAUAAAAAAGAGAUCAAAAUCCUUUGCUUCUGCUGCUGAUAUAGAAUCCAUGGACACAAUGAGUUUUUUCCCCUGGACACAUGCCAACAACACAACACCAAAAAAUGAGCUUUCCAUACUCCCUAACCCAAGUCCCAACUGCCUCCUUUCCUCUGCCCCUCUACACAAUGAAUCAAACCAACUCUACAGGCAGGAUAUCCCUGUUCCUCAAGAGUCCUUACUGAGGGAUGUGGGGCUAACUGUGUACACGGAAACUCCCGGAGGUCCCGGAGAGCCAAUGAAGCGCUCCCUCUCAGUCCCAAAUACACUUGAUCAUAAGGGUCUUAGUCACUCGGUGCAGCUCUCCUGCGUGACCAGGAUGGUAUUAGUUGAAAAAAGCAGUUUCUCUGAGCACAAGUCAAACAAAGAGCUGGAACAUGAAACGAAUAGUGAGCAAAAAGCUAAAGCAGACACUGUUUCCCCAUUCAGGUGUGAGGUGCCUGCAAGACUAGGAGAGCAUAAGAAAGACACUUCUGAAACACUUCAGAAAGACAGUCCACAACAUAUCACAAAGCAGACAAGUCAGAUUUAUUCUGACUAUGAUGAUGAUGAAAGCUGUGCCCUCUCUGAACCUCUGGCCUACAAGAAUGACUCAACAAUGGCAGAUAAGCACUUAGAAAGCUUACUCAUUAAGGAGAAAGCUAAUGCUUUACCUGCAGAGGACAUCAGUAACUUAUAUGAGGUCAAAUAUGGGAAAGGAAUCCCUGAAAAUGAGUCCAUAGAGGAGAGGGCAGCGAGGAUCCUGGGUAUAUCCGUUCCAGUGGAGGCCUUAGUGGAUGCUGACAAACAGCCAGGUGACAGUCAGACUGAUGGAGGCGCCAUGUUAGCUGUGAAAUCACCAAGUUCAAAUGCAGAGACAGAGCAGGUGAUAGAAGAGUCUGAGGAAGUAAAAGAAGAGUCCCUAAUAGUCCAGGGAGCAGAUACAAGAGAAGUCAAGGAGGCACAAUCAGGUAUGGAUCAAGAAGAACCGAAAAAAGAUGAACUAAAGCACAUCAACAUCCCCAAUGAUGGUAGAAACAACCAGCACACAGAGACUCAUUCAGUAAUCGAUCUUCCUGAGUUCCCACCAAAUAAGCUUCUUCUGUCUUUGCCACCCACCCCGAAUGAGAAGCUAGCACUGAGCAUGUGCAGCGAGGAGAAGAAACAGAGAGAUGGAGCUUGUGAACUAACUGAAUCCAUUCAAGAUAAGCUGAACUGUCCCGUGGCCUUGUCUGGUACGUCUCUGGCCAGGUCAACCACAGGCAGAAAGGCUAGCCUGAAAGAACUGGACUCUGUGUCUCCAGUAAAAUGCAUCAACCUAAGAAGUCCAGAGUGUGGAGGAGAAGCUAAUUCCAAAGAAACAGAGGAGGUCAGAAAGGAAUGCGAAGUUCGGGUAGAGUCAGAGGGGGAAAUUGUCAAUCAACAAGUGGAAAAAGAGGAGGUGAAAAUGAAUGAAAUGGAUCAAGAACAGGUAAACCAAGACAAACAUAUCGACUUGGGAGAUGUUGAUGGACCAAAGGUAGAAAACGACAGGGUGUGUGAGGAGGAGCAAAGACAGGAAGAAAAAGCAAAAGAGAUGGCCAAUAAUGAGCAGAGGAAAGAGGUAAAUGUUGAACUAAAAUUGGAGGCAGGAAAGAUGGAGGAAGACAAAGAAAGUCGUUUGGAAAUGGUGAAAGAUGACCAUACGACAGCAGCGGUGAAAAAAGCUGGGGCCCCUUGGCAUGCAGAAGGAGGAAGGAUGCCCAAAGCAAAACAGCGUACCAGGCUCCAGAAACCUCCUCUGCUUCCUAAGCCUCGCAGCGUUCCCAAGAGAGAAAUUACGCUGCCACUAAGUUUCAGCACUGGGACCUGUGGCCCCACAAAUAUGGAGGAUGAGGAAAUGCUCUCUGCCUCAGACUCUUACGACCCCAGUCGAGUGGAGAGGGUGUAACCUCCAAUCGCUGCCUUCACCACUGUGGAAAUCUUUCUUCUUAACAACAAAGACCUUCAUCUGACAUGGCUCAGUCAGCUGUGACCCCCUUCAGUGUUGUAACACGCGACUUGUCACAGAACUGACUGUCCCGGUGCUGCACGAGCGUUUUUUACUGCUGCUGCUGGGUGCUGGUCCUCCAACCUCGUCACUUCCAUCCCCUCCACCUCUUAGCUGGCCCAUUUGCUCAAGCGAGCGGACUUCCUUCAUCUUUUGCAUCUUAUCCUCCUCUGCACUCGAGCUCCGUGGCGAGCUUCUGUGUAGAAACAUGAAUGUUUAAGUGCUUCUGCUCAACAAACAAAAGAAAUGUAACUGAAGAAAACACAAGGCAGCAUCAGUACCGCCUUGCAAUCAGUAUUAACACACACCAAAUGUAACAUAGAAAGUUUUCAGAGUUUAUUAAAACCAUAAAAAAGAUUCAUCUAAUACAUUAAAUUGAUAUGUAUAUUUUCUUAUGUAGAAAGAGGUUUUUGAAUAUGUAAACUUAGAGUGUAUGACCAGUAGUGAAACCCCUACUCUUUAUUCUUAUACUUGUGUUAUAGAGAAUGUACUUAUAGAGUCUGGAAAGGGAAACACUGUGGUCCAUGAAUAGUUUCACUUAAGAGCAAUAUAUUAGUGACAUGAUAUCAGUAGCAUGUUGUGUUUUUGAGGAGCUGCUUUCAUCUGGUGGAGGAGACUCUGGACUGACAACAUGCUGCAGAGAUUAUUUAUCCUUUCUGAGGGAUGUCUGUUGCCUCCUCUACCAGACCUCAGAUGAACCGGAGAAAACGGAUAGAUGAUGGAUGGAUACUCAUCUGCUCUAAAGUUCAACCUUUUGGUUCAAGUGUUAGAUUUGCACUGCUAAUCUGUGGCUCUGUGUUCUUUGGAAAUACCUGAAAAUAUGUUCACAUACUCAGAUUUUACACUCAGAGGGAUCAUCAGCAGUCAACAGAAACAUCAUCAAACUGCCCCAGAAGUAAAUGUUGUGGUGUUAACAGAAGUCUGUAUGUAACUAUGGAGGUUUUUCUUCAUUCACAUUUCAGUUUCUGUGGGAAUUCAGAAGUGCAUUUUGUGGGAAAAGCUAGAUGUAGCUAUGCUGAUCGCAGUGUGCCUUGAACACACUGUCGCAGAGGAGAACUUCAUCUGUGUGUAGUCCAUCAAAGUGUUUAAAAUUUAAACCGGAUUUAAACUGGAUGUCACCAACUGUUUUUCUUUUAUGAAAACAAAAUCAUAUGAAGUUGUCAAGGCAAUAAUAAUAAUAAUAAUAAUAAUAAGCUGAAGAUGCUUAGAAGUAAUGCUGUAUAGAACAUUGCUGUUGGAAUACUAAUCCCAGUAUCUGAACAUGCUGAAUUAUUUAAUGCUGAUAUAACUUGCAGGUAUAACUGGUAAUUGGUUUCCAGGCAGUUUACUAAAAGGGUAGCAAUAUGAAAAAUUGAUAUACCAAACCAAACUUUAUGCUAUGCAUCAGACAUCAACUUUCACCGGGUUAAAUGGCUAAAAUUCAAAGCUUAACCAGCGACAUUCAGCUUGCUUGUUUGACCUCAUCACUCUUGGAUCCAGCUCUGUGUGUGUGUGUGUGUGUGUGUGCAUGGUGAACUGGUUGUAGACUUGCAUUGCAAGCAGCCCUGAUUCAUCAGCUCAUCACCUGUUGUGUAAGGUUGUCUUUGUCCUGUUUCCAGCCCAGACCCAUGCCUCUGUGCUCCAGGUAAUGUGUUAUCUGGUCUGUCUCGUAAGUCUUUUUGUACUGCAACUUCUUUGUAACAUAAUCUAGACUAUUGGUGCGCAUCUUGCUUUGAUAUUCUCUAUUUUCAUACAGAAGUACAGCAUUUUUUGUGAGCACAGCAACAUUUUUUUCUUUCUCACCUUUUUGUGCAUGCAAUGCAUAAAAAAUAAAUCACAGGUGUAUUUGCAUAUAAUUGCAUUUGGUACAAUAUAGUCUAUCAAAUUAAACAACUGUUAUAUUUCGUACAAUGUAUAUUUUAUUUUAAGAAGUUAAGCUACAUAUUUAAAACAGAACAAGAUAUUUUUUGAUUAUUGUGAAAAGGGAGAUGCUUUUGAAGGCACAGCAUUUGUCUGUAUUUCAUAUGAUCAUUAAGAAUGAUCAGAAACAGAGACAAAGUGUGUGCUAUUAUAUAGUACUGCAGACU